CUGUAUCUGUAUCGUCAUCCACUGAUUCAGUACCUGACGGCAGCCAUGACACUUGUCCUCAGCAUCCUUGUGUGCGCCUCGCUUCUGCCAGCUUGGACUGCGGCAGGUACCGUUUACACACGCUGGGGAAGCAAGAUGUGUUCUUCAUCAGGAGCAACGGUGUAUUCAGGUUAUGUGGCCGGCAGUUGGUACACCCAUACCGGAUCUGGAGCCAACUACCUGUGUCUAACUCCCAAUCCCGUGGCCAGCAACGUAACAAAACCGUACUACGUGGCCUCCCUGUACGGCGCCGAGUACGAAGUGACGACACGUGCAGAGAACGACCAGGAUGCGGUGUGUGCCGUGUGCUUCGUGAAAACUCGCUCAGUCAACAUCAUGAUACCCGGCACCAACAAGUGUCCGACUGGGUGGAGCUCCGAGUACACGGGUUUACUCAUGAGUGGGUACGACGGACACGCCGGGUCAACGGAGUUCAUUUGUGUGGACAGCAAACUGGAAGGUCGGAACUCCUCAAGCGCUAACAACAACGGCAGGCUGUUGUACCUGGUGGCUGGCUACUGCGGCAGUCUACCCUGUCCUCCGUACCUGAACAACUACAUCCUGCAAUGCGUUUUUUGCUCCAAGUGAGAGUCCAUCGUUCUGUCCCAGCAAUCCAAGAACAAGGUCUCUACACUGCGUUAUUCUGCGACGUGAUCCAAUCAGAGAUUAAUAUUAACUUUCUUUGCAUUGACUUUUCUUUUCUCUGUGAGGUUAGGUAAAAAUACAGUUGUGAGAAGACUGUUAAGUUUUUCUGCAUUAUAAAAGAAAGGACAGGUCUUGUAAUGUUUAUUAGUUUCUAUAAAACUGUUAGAAGUUUUAGUCUGCUGCCUUUUUUCAACAUGUGCUUCUUCCAGUAAAGGCUGUGGAAAUUCACUUUCUCCUGCUUUCUACAAAUAAAACCUUUUAUUCGCA